AACGCACCCCGACUCUAGAAUCGCCACUGUCAGUGCUCCCACAGAGCGAUACACAGGUGUCCGACAGCACGUGAAGGCAGCAUUUUGCUUCAUCAGUGGUUGUAGCUGCAGCAGGUUGAGAAGAGGACAACAUGGCUGCUCUGUUUAGAGCAAGAAGAGCUCUGGGCUUGUGUCUCAGCGGUUGUCGCAGUUUCUCUGCGCUGGCCGAGUUACCGGACACUCAUCAGAUCCUCAGACAAACCUGCAGAGACUUCGCCGACAGAGAACUGACCCCCAUCGCUGCCAGACUGGACAGAGAGCAUACCUUUCCCCUUAAACAGGUUCAGGAGCUGGGAGCGAUGGGCGUGAUGGCCAUGGAGGUCCCGGAGGAGCUGGGCGGAGCCGGGAUGGACUACCUGGCGUACAGUUUGGCGGUGGAGGAGAUCAGCAGAGGCUGCGCCAGCACCGGAUGCGUGGUGUCCGUUAACAACUCGCUCUACAUCGGACCCAUCCUGAAGUUCGGCACAGAGGAACAGAAGACGGAGUGGAUCACGCCGUUCACCACCGGGGAGAAGGUGGGCUGCUUCGCCCUCAGCGAGCCGGGUAACGGCAGCGACGCGGGCGCGGCGUCCACGGUGGCUCGUCAGGAGGGAGACGAGUGGGUGCUGAACGGAACCAAAGCCUGGAUCACCAACAGCUGGGACGCCGCGGCCACCGUCGUGUUCGCCACCACGGACAAGAAGCUCAAACACAAGGGCAUCAGCGCCUUCCUGAUCCCGAUGCCUCACCCGGGCCUCUCUCUGGGGAAGAAGGAGGACAAGCUGGGCAUCAAAGCCACGUCCACGGCCAACAUCAUCCUGGAGGACUGCAGGGUGCCGCUGGGGAACAUGCUGGGUCCUCGAGGUGCAGGAUUCAAGAUCGCCAUGCAAACUCUGGACAGCGGGAGGAUCGGUAUCGCCGCUCAGGCUCUCGGUAUCGCUCAGGCCUCUCUGGACUGCGCCGCAGACUACGCACACAAACGCAUCGCUUUCGGAGCGCCCAUCGGAAAACUGCAGGCCGUACAGUUCAAACUUGCCGACAUGAACGUGGCGGUGGAGAGCGCUCGUCUGCUCACCUGGAAGGCCGCCCUCCUUCGAGAUUCAAAGAAACCCUUCACAAAGGAAGCAGCCAUGGCCAAACUCGCUGCGUCAGAAGCCGCCACAUUCUGCUCUCAUCAGGCGAUCCAGGUUCUGGGUGGGAUGGGCUACGUGUCAGACAUGCCCGCUGAGAGGCACUACCGCGACGCUCGCAUCACAGAGAUCUACGAGGGCACGAGUGAGAUCCAGAGGCUGGUGAUCGCCGGCCAGGUCCUGAAGGAAUACCAAGCAUAGACGCCGCACGCCACAAUAUGGACGAGUAAUAAUCACGCACACUGGGACAUCACCUCAUUCAUUCAGAUUUAAAAGGAGCCGCGUUGAUCGGGUGAGACCUCGUUUGAGUUUCACGUGAUUGUGCGUGCCCGUUACCUCCGGCGUCUCGUGUGUCGGUGGACUAUAGGAGAGGCCACGCCCUGUCUCAGAGGAUAUCAGUGAUCUGGAGGGUUAAAGGGUCAGUUCACCUCCAAAUAAAAAAAGACGUUUUCUCUCAUUGCUCUGGAGCAGCUGCACAGGUCGUUUAGGCCCCGUGUCCACAUGGCGUUUUUUUCUCUGGUAAGAAAAGCGCCGACUGUGCGCUCGGGAGCGUUAGCGUGAAGCGUUUGUGCGCUGAGAAGAAAAGCGCUAAAAACACGUCCCUCCUGUUUCUAUGACAACAGUCUGUUGACAACGGCAGCUGUAUGACCGACACUGUAAGCGGAAAAACUACGGGGAAUAUUUAAUGUUUGGAAAAAAGCGCCGGUGACGUCAACAGCGCCUUCCUGAAAAGUUGAGUGAUUUUCAAGUUGACGGGUGGAGCGGGUGAAGCGCUCAGAAAAAAAGACGCUGGCGCUUGAUUUUUCUCAAGGCGGCCGCUUUCUCCUGAGAACGAUCUCAGACGCUGGCGCUCAGAAAAAAAAACCACCAGGUGGACACGGGGCCUUCGAUGUCAUUUUAUAACACAUCUCUGCAAAGAACUUUAAAAAGCAACUCAUAAAAACGUCCCGUCGGCCUUAUUUUACUAACUGACAUUUUGAGUAAUUUCAUGUGAAUGUGAAGAGCUGCAGAUUAAAGCGUCACUUUCCCGUUGUGGUUAUAUCCAGAACUUUAGAGCACUUUUAAAUAAAACAUAUAGAAAUGUUGUUUGUAAAAGACGAAACAGAAGCUGUGUGGUUGACCUUAAAGGAAGAAUGUGCAACUUUUUUUGAUCCAGUAGAUGUCGCCCAUGAGCUCCAGAAUUAAACCAAAACAAACUGCUGUUUGGCCACGCCUCCUCCAUGCUGAAGCCUCCGCUCUCCUCCAGAGACACACCUCCAACCCCCCUCCACACACACACAUGAAGGAGUUGUGAGAGGAACGCACCAUAAUUAAAAUGGUCCUCAACUCGAGCUGCACUCACCUGUGUCCUGUGUUGUUGUGUUAGCACUCUUUAGUUAGCUCGUAGCUUCACAUUGUUGUGUUAGCAUACUAAUGUUAGCGCUCUUUAGUUAGCUCGUAGCUUCACAUUGUUGUGUUAGCACUCUUUAGUUAGCUCGUAGCUUCACAUUGUUGUGUUAGCAUGCUAAUGUUAGCGCUCUUUAGUUAGCUCGUAGCUUCACAUUUCAUGUAAAUUGACACAGAAUGAGCGUGAUCUAAAAACUCUUACUAACAUCCAAAUAAUCAGUGAGUAUGUUCUUCUUCUUCUCUAGUUCUUGACUAAAACAGCUUUUAUACACAAGGGGAGGAGCCGGCCGUCCCGUCCAUGUAAACACGGCUCUGACAACAACACAGCCAGUGGGACUCGAGCUUCUCCCUCAUUGUAGACAGUCAUGACUCAGAGACACAUUUACACAGGACAGACUUUAUGAUUUAUUUAUGUGGAACAUGUUGCACAUUCUUCCUUUAAAGGUGCUAAUGAUGUUCAGGUUAUCUGCAGUUUGUAAACGUCACUUUUUCCCCAAUAUUACCUGUCAAACAUUGCAGAAGAAAAAGUUCCUCCAGGUGUCGCCUUUUCAGUGAUAAACAUCCAAAAUGUAGAUUGUAAAAGACGAGACGGACGCUCCAGGCUCGACCUUAGAGGUGCUGAAAAGUUCUGAUUAUGUGGAGCAGAAAAGCUUGUGUACUGACCCUUUAAGAUCCAGUCUGCCUACAUGAGGAAAAACACUUUUCUUUUUUCUUGUAUUUUGCAGUUUGGCCAGCAGAGGGCGACGGCAUGCUUUAAUAUGUGUUGACUUACUUUUUCCUGCCUCACACAGAUUCAUGAAUGAGUGGAAAUAAAAGCCAGAAUGUGCAGAUGAAAAAAAAAAAACCUCCUUCAAGCUGGAAGUGAACAAACGUGAUCACUUUCUGAAACGGUUUGAAACACGUCACGUCUGUUUUCUUUGUUUUUCAUCUCAGACUUCUUGUGCCUCGGUAACGUGUACAUAUUUUACUGUAAUUUAUAGUGUGAUGAUUAAAACAUAACUACAGCUCA